CCUUCAAGGGCCCUCAAUUGUCCGUUUCUGGUAGGUAUACAUACUCAUCCAUAUUGUAUGAAUACGACACACUCACGGAUUUUUAAUGGUGGUUGCUAAAUACUACAUAUACAUAUAUGCAGAACAUGCCUAAGUGCGACUCCGGAUUAUCCUGUUGCCGAAUUUAAAACUGGCUUAGGGGUAUACUGAAAGCAUCGCAAACAUUUUUUUUGCUUUUUGCUCCAAAAUGACAUUAGGAGGUUUUACAAUGAAGGAUUUUUUAUCGGUGAUAGGCGGAGAAUUGCAAGAACGCUUGAUUCCGGUCCCAUAUAGCAAGAGCAACACUGAUCAAGCUAUUCGUGUGGUGAACGCAUUCCGGCAAGGUCUUGACGCCCGUUACGGUGAACACACCAACACGUCGCUGGCAGAGGUGCUGCGAAAGCAGACUUCACUGAGCAAACGACUUUCGGAAACAUCUUCCAUUGAGUAUGCCGACAAUAUACCCGAUGAGCUGACUAUACCCGAAAUCGACGUCGAGCGUUUAUCAUCCCACAGUCACACCGAAACAGCAGUUUAAAUUCCUUUAAACAUACCUAUGCAUAUAUACAUUCUCGUACACUUGGGGAUCAAGUCAAAUCAGUUUAAAUUCAUUCAGAUACAAGUGUGCAAAUUACCGCAACUGUACAAGUAUGUAUUGUGGAUAUCAUUUUCCAAAGAAAUGGAAGUCUACUUCUAAAAAAUCGGUUUACAAGACAACGCAUAUGAAUACGUACAUUUAACUGUACAUACGUAUGUGCGGAUGUUACGAGAAGAUGAAAUGCACACUCUAUACAAUAGAUCAGAGUGCCCUAAAGAUAUUUAAGGCUUAAAACAAAUUAUACAAAUAAAUACAUCACUCGAACUCCUUUCACACAAAAAGGGAAACUACACCCAUAUGCAUGUACAUAUGUAUAAACCAUGCAUAUGUUGUCUACUCAUAAUUAUUUCAUACACAUGAAUGUUCCGAUCAAGCCCCGUAUACUCAAGCCAUUAAUGCUAUUACUAUUAUUAUAACACAAAUUAAAUAAAUGAGUCAAUGAUUAAAAUUA